AUUAUUAUUGCAAACGACAAAAGAAAAACAAAAGAAAAUGUUUCAAAUACCCAAAAAUGAAAAGUUAAUUUGAAAUUUAUAUAUUAAGUGACGUUGAGUGUCUGUAUUUGUGUCGAAUGAUUAGAUAAGGAAAAUUGUAUAAAAUUAUAAAAAAAAUAAAAACAAAACCACACACAAUUGGUUCGAAUAGAUAGAAAGCAAUGCAAUCACUGCGUGGAAAUUUUGCAAAUAUUCCAAAUGCAUUGAGCAAUUUGAUAAGCACAUCAUCGUCACCAGUCGAAGGGACCAACUUUUUACCGCCGACAAGUCCUUCAUUCGACAGUACCGAUACAUUGGCCUCGGUGUCUGGAGACGACAGUUCUGACAAGUCACAUGCCAUUCCGAAUAGUUUAAUCAAAGAGCAAUGGCAAUUGGUGCUUGAAGAAGAUGCCUCAAUCGAUGACCUCACGAAUGCCAUUGAAAAAUGUAAAGAAUUAGUGCUAAAAACGGACGAAUGUUCAACAGAACGUAAAUGGUUGGUUAGGCAUUUGGUUGAACUGAGAUUUCGAUUACGAGAAAUGGAAGACGCCAAUGUUGAUGACGCUAAAAUUGGAGCAUCGUACAGAAUCAUUUUGGGACACCAUUUUGUCGACCAUCACAAUCAAAAGCCUAGUCAAACAACAACCCGACCUCAUUGUGACCAUUGUACCGGAAUCAUUUGGAGUGUUGUUCAAGCAUCGUAUAUUUGUAUCGACUGCAAUUUUCGUGUUCACUACAAAUGUCUGGAAAGCAUUGUUAGGGUCUGUGCACAUGUAAUAACAUCCGAACGCAAAGAACCAUUGGAUGAAAUAUGCCCAGAAAGUGGACUCUCAUUUCAAGCCUACAAAUGCGCUGAGUGCAGUUCAUCGUUAAGCUUCAAUUUUCCUGGUUGGUUCUACUGCUUGGGAUUACGUAGCAAAGCAGAGGGAGGUUGGGUUGAACCGCGUAUCUGUGACUAUACCGGACUCUAUUAUUGUCCUUCGUGUCAUUGGAACGACAGUGCACCGAUUUUUGCACGAAUUUUGCACAACUGGGAUUUUACGCCAUACAAAAUUUGUCGAGCUACUUUACAGGAAAUGAAUUUAACUGUGGAUCGGCCAGUCAUCGAUUUGGAGCAAAAAAAUCCCAAACUAUUUAUUUACGUACAAAAUUUGAGUUUAGUGAAAAAAUUGCGAACCAAUUUAAAUGAUAUGCGACGUUAUUUAACCGAAUGUCGAAUUGCGACCAAUGCAAAACUAUUGGAAAAUGCAAUCGGUGCUCGACGCCAUUUAGUGCAAUCCAUCAAUAUGUACAGUAUAGCUGAUUUGAUUGGCGCUGAAAAUGGGACAAUCAUUGAAUUUUUGAAUAAAUUAUUUGCAACAUUCGAGCAACACAUUCGAAAAUGUGAAUUGUGCUCGGGAAAAGGAUAUGUCUGUGAAAUUUGCAGUAAUAUUGAGGUGCUUUUUCCAUUUGAUGAUGGAGCUAUUCAUUGUAAAAAAUGUAAAACGGUUUUUCAUCGAGCCUGUUGGCUUCGAAAAAAUCAAAAAUGUCCAAAAUGCGCACGCAUGGAACACAGACGAUCACUGCUUCAACAGUCAGAAGAAGACGAAGCAAAUGCCAACAAAUCUAUACCAAGUUCAUCAUAGACCUUCGAACUUUUCAUAUGCUUCGAAUAACCGAUAUUUAUUAGACAAAUUAUUAUAUACAUAUGUAAAAUUUAAAGCUACAACCGCUAAAUUAAUUUUUAUAUGAAUCAUGUGGAACUUUGAAUACAUUUUUUAUAUAGAUGAGUCGCCAACUGCACAAAUAAAAUAUACAAUAUACAUAGUGCUUUUAUAUUAUUAUUUUUUUUUUCAAAUUGUUAUAUGCAUUGCUAUUCAAGAAAAACGAUUCUUUCAAAAUGAUACGUUUAACGAAAACUUCUUAUUCAAAUUUUCGUAAAUUCUUUCAACCUGAAAAUGAAAUAUACAAAUAUUUUAAAUCAACCAAAGUGAAUGGAAUGGGAAGCGAGUGAAUGUGUGCCAAUACCCACCACGAUAGCAUGUAUAUUAAAUUUUGGGAAAGGGAGUAUUCUUGUGGAUUUCUUUUUUCUGUUCUGGCCACAAUCGGCUAAUACAAUCAGCCGAAUAAUCACUGAUAUAAAUGCUGAUUUUUUGUUGGAUUCUAAAAUACCUAAAGCAAUUUUUGGCUGGCCCUGAUUUAUUGCCAACAUACUGAGAUACAAUUUCUGUAAUUUUU